GGAACCGGGGCCGGUGUCGGCCAUGGCCUCCAUCCUGGACGAGUACGAGGAUUCCCUACACCGCUCCGCCUCUGUGCAGCAGAGCCGCGCCAGUGUGGGCAUCCCGCACUCCGGCUAUGUGAAUGCACGACUGGAGAAGGAAACACCAAUAUUUAACAAGCAAAGGAUUGAUUUUGCUCCUCCAGAGAAAAUUAACAGCUUAGUGGUCUCCUCUAACCAGCUCUGUAUGAGCCUUGGCAAAGACACCAUUCUCAGGAUUGAUCUUGGGAAGCCAGAUGAACCUAAUCAGGUAGAGCUGGGACGCAAAGAUGAAGCCAGAGUCUACAAGAUGUUUUUGGACCACACAGGCUCCCAUCUCCUGAUUGCUCUGAACACCAGUGAAUGCCUUUACCUGAACAGAAGUGUUCAGAAAGUGCGGGCACUCUCUCGCUGGAAAGGACACUUGAUUGAAAGUGUGGGCUGGAACAAAUUUCUUGGUUCAGAGACCAACACUGGGCCCAUCCUGGUGGGGACAUCCCAGGGGCAGAUCUAUGAGGCUGAAAUCUCUGUCAGCGAAGGAAGCCUCUUCAGCACUAACCCUGACCAGUACUUCCGACAGGUCUACACUUUGGAAGAGGAAUCAGGACCUGCCCCAGUCUGCUGCUUGGAGAUUGAACGAGGGAUAGAAGGGAAAUUUUUUAUUAUCGCAACCACUAGGAAGAGACUCUUCCAGUUUGUUGGCAAAGUGCCUGAAGGAACAGAGCAGCAAGGCUUCAGCUCCAUAUUUGCUAUGCAUGCUGACCAUUUGCCCAGCUUUCGGGAGUUUCCAGCCAACUUGGGAUUCAGUGAGAUAGCCUUUUACACUCCAAAACUGCGCUCCAACCCACGCUCCUUUGCCUGGAUGAUGGGAAAUGGUGUUUUAUAUGGUACGUUGGAUUAUAGUCGUCCUGAUUCCAUUUUGAGUGAUGAACGGGUCUGGGUUUAUCCUGCUGAUAUUGACAUAACUGUGAACAAGCCAAUAUCCAUUGUACUUACCCAGUUCCACUUCCUGUUGCUGCUGCCUGACCGGGUGAAGGCUGUAUGCACUCUGAAUGGACAGGUUGUUUUCCAAGAUCUCUUCCUGGAGAAGUUUGGCCUGCUGACGUGCAUGAUCAAAGAUCCCACAGUCCAGCAGAUAUGGAUCCACACUGAGAAAGUAGUGUUCCGCUACCAUGUCCAACGGGAAUCUAGAGAUGUGUGGAAGAUGUAUAUGAAUAUGAACAAAUUUGAUUUAGCUAAAGAGUAUUGUAAGGACCGUCCAGAGUGUCUAGAUAUUGUACUGGCAAAGGAGGCAGAGCACUGUUUCCAAAACAAGAGGUAUCUAGACAGUGCCAAAUGUUACGCACUGACCCAGAACUACUUUGAGGAAAUUGCUCUGAAGUUCAUUGAAGCCAAGCAAGAAGAGGCCCUGAUGGAGUUUCUGAUUAAGAAGCUAAGUAACCUAAAACCUUCAGAGAAGACACAGACCACUCUGCUGACCACGUGGUUGACAGAGCUGUACCUGAACUGGCUGGGUAUAUUGGAAGGAGAUCCCUCACAGCGAAAUCUCUACUUAGAUACACGGGAGAAGUUUCGCACUUUCCUGAGCAGUCCUAAAAACAAAGACUGUCUUUUUAAUAAUCGGGCAUCUAUUUAUGAGCUGUUGGCAAGCCAUGGUGACACAGAGCACAUGGUGUACUUUGCAGUCAUCAUGCAGGAUUACGAGCGUGUAGUAGCUCACCACUGCCAGCAUGAUGAGUACGAUGAGGCUCUAAAUGUGUUGUCCAGGCACAGAGACGAGAAGCUGUUCUACAAGUUCUCUCCAGUUCUCAUCCAGCAUAUUCCCAAGAAGGUAGUUGAUGCUUGGAUUUCUAUGGGCUCUAGACUGGAUGCCAGGAACCUCAUUCCAGCCCUUGUUAACUAUAGCCAGAGUGCCAGCACCCAGCAGAUCAAUGAAGCCAUUAGAUAUAUGGAGUUCUGUGUCUAUCAGUUGGAGGAAACCCAGCAAGCCAUUCACAACUACCUGUUGUCUCUUUACGCUUUAUGUCGGCCAGACUCACUGCUAUCAUACCUGGAGCAAGCAGGAACCAACCCAAACAGGAUCCACUAUGACCUGAAGUAUGCAUUGCGCCUGUGUGCAGAGCAUGGGCACCACCAUGCAUGUGUCCAUAUUUACAAAGUGAUGGAAUUAUAUGAGGAGGCUGUGGAUCUCGCUUUACAGGUGGAUGUUGAUCUUGCCAAGUCCUGUGCAGAUCUUCCUGAAGAUGAUGAAGAACUCCGAAAGAAACUGUGGUUGAAGAUCGCUCGGCAUGUUGUUCAGGAAGAGAAGGAUGUCAAGAAGGCAAUGGCCUGCCUGUCCAGUUGUGCCCUGCUGAAGAUUGAAGAUGUGCUGCCAUUCUUUCCAGACUUUGUCACUAUUGACCAUUUCAAGGAGGCAAUCUGUAACUCGCUGGAGGACUACAACAAACACAUUGAGGAGCUGAAAAGGGAGAUGGAGGAAGCCACACAGAGUGCCAAGAGGAUCCGAGAGGACAUCCAAGAAAUGAGAAAUAAGUAUGGGUCUGUGGAACCUCAGGAAAAAUGUGCUGCUUGUGACUUUCCACUUCUAAACCGCCCUUUUUACCUUUUCCUGUGUGGUCACAUGUUUCACUAUGACUGUCUCCUCCAAGCAGUUUUCCCAAACCUUCCUGCCUAUAAGCAGGCAAAACUUGAAGAUCUUCAGAAGAAGCUGGCAGCUACCAGUCAGCCGUCCAAGAGCCACCAUCGUCCCAAGGAUGCAGAUACCAUUAGCCUGGGGAAGGGACAGCAGAGUCGGGAACAGAUCAAAGCUGACAUUGAUGAUAUCGUGGCAGCAGAAUGUGUGUACUGUGGUGAGCUGAUGAUCCGAUCCAUUGACAAACCUUUUAUUGAUCCCCAAAAGUAUGAAGAGGAGAUGCAAAGCUGGCUGUAGUUUUUCCGAAUCUGCAGCUGUCAGUGUGUGAGAGUAGUUUUGUUCACAACUUGUGAAACUUCUGCGGUGGCAGUAUAACCUCCAGGAGCAGGAAUAUGGUGACUUCUGUGGAACUCCAAGGAGAGUAGUGGGGUCUUUUUACCAGGAUUACAGAGAAGUAGUCCUGAAAAAUGGGGAGAUACAGCUAUGGCUGUUUAAGAACUUUAGCAAUAGUUAGAACUAACUUACAUCCUGGAAUAUAUUUAGCAGAUGUUUGCUGCUUGCAGUUCUUCUGAGGUUCUCAAUGGGAAGCUAAUGGAGUGUUUUGCUGUCCAGAAGGAAUUGGGAAUAGCCCAUGAUUUGUCUUCCCUGUUGUGUGGUAUUUGUUUUGGUGAAGACAAGCUUAAAGGGAAAGAUAGUGAAGGACACUAAGCAAUGUAGUCUUCAUUUAUCACUUUCAAAGCUGGAAUUGUCAUCUGUUUCCUUUUUGCUGAGAAUCUAUAACCACAUACAUGGGAGGAACAUGAAAGGACAAAUGCUCUUGCGUAUGUAUUUUGUAAACAUCAUGCUACACAAAUACAUGUUUCUAUGCAAUGGCGAUGUAAGAAUGUGUAUAAUUCUCAAGCAGGAGUGUCUCAUAAUACACUAAAAUAAUUUGCCUGCAAUUCAAGAUGUGUAAUUCUCUUUCUCACAAGCUUUAUGCACAAGCCUAUCCAUUUGAAUUUUCUCUAGGUAUUGUUUCUGGAAAUGCUUGUUCACCCAUUUCUCCCUCUCUCCAUGCUGUUCCUACUAUGACUGCCUUUGUAUAGCGGGUCUUGGUUUUGUCUUCACCCCAAACCAAAAUUGAUAUAUGCAGUAAUAAGGUUUCAUCUGAUGUUCUGCAAGCAGAAACACAACCUGUUUGUAUUAUCCUGAAGUGGUCCUCUUCAAGCUGCACUUGAUACAGAGAUCUAGUUAGAGUUUCACUCAGUCAUAGUCUACGGAAAAGUUCUGUGGUGUGAAAUUUUGCUUUGCCCUUUAAAACCAGUACCUUGUGCUUAAAAAAUCUUUUGCUUUCCUGGUAGUAUUUGAUACUUUCUGAAAAUGGCUGUAAGUCACUGCUUCUAUCUGUUGCUCCAAUUUGGAAAAUUCUUCCCAGAAGAUAGCAAUCACUACUUGUGAGUGAGGGAACAAAAUAUUUUCUUUAGAGAUUUAACAAGAGUUCCUUACUUAUUUAAAGAAAAUAAAAUUUUAAUUAAAUUUUGCCAUUUGGGGCUAAAUCACAAAGGUAGUAAUUGACAGAAGAAUUGAAUGUUCUAAAAGGAGAAAAUCAUAGUCUUGUAAUUAAGACAAUAGAAAUUACUGUCUUCUGAAAAACCUUUUCAGUUCUUUCAUAUGAAUGUGCUUAUCUCUCAAUCUCCUAAUCUCCCUGUUCAUAGGGUUGUAGAAAUGGGUCUUCAUGUUAGUAUAAAUUGGUGUCCUCAAGGAUCUGACCUAAGAGUUAUGGUAACAAUUCAGAACUUCAGAAGAACUUCUAUGCUUUUAUUGGGAGCUAACCUGGAAUGAAUGAAUUUUAUCUGUGUAAAAUGACAUGAGUAAUAAAGAACAGAUCUGACGGUAGGAA